AUGUCUGUUACAGAAGUUGCACGGAAGAAACACAAGCUGGAGGAUGACUCUGCCGCCGAGGGCGUCGUGCGCAAACACACGGCAUACAUCAAAAGAAUCACCAAUGAAACUAAGAUUCAGGUAGCCAUCUCCUUGAAGGGAGGUGCCAUUGAACUCCCAUCAUCUAUUCUACAGAAGACAUAUCCACCUGCUGCAGAUGCAAAGGCACAGGUCAUUUCGAUUCACACGGGGAUCGGAUUUUUGGACCACAUGUUACAUGCGUUGGCUAAACACUCUGGGUGGUCCCUUGUUAUCGAGUGUAUCGGUGACUUGCACAUCGACGACCACCACACUUCUGAGGAUGUUGGGAUUGCACUCGGAGAGGCUUUCCACUCAGCCCUUACGUCGCAUGGGCCUAUCAGAGGUGUGAAGCGGUUUGGAAGCGCAUAUGCACCGCUCGACGAAGCCUUGAGUCGUGCUGUCGUCGACUUUAGCAACAGACCAUAUGCAGUGGUCGAGCUUGGUUUGAAGAGAGAGAAGAUCGGCGACUUGAGCUGCGAAAUGAUCGAGCAUGUCUUGGAAAGCUUUGCGACUUCCGCUAGAGUGACGAUGCACGUGGACUGCAUUAGAGGCCGGAACGACCAUCACCGUAGUGAGAGUGCGUUCAAGGCUCUAGCUGUUGCAAUCAGAGACGCCAUGACCCCUACAGGUAGCAAUGACGUACCUUCUACCAAGGGUGUGUUAAUGUGA